AUGCCAAAGCUCCUCGACUUUCGCUGCGCCGUCAUCACCGGCGGCGGCGGCGGCGGUAUCGGCAAAGCCAUGGCCCGCCACCUCGUGUCCAAGGGCAAGACGGUCCUGCUCGCGGGCCGCACGGAGUCCAAUCUACAGUCGGCGGCCCGCGACGUCGGCGCCGCGGGCUACUACCUCCUCGACGUGGGCAAGACGGCCGACAUCUCGCCCUUUGUGGACCGCAUCACCCGCGAGCACCCCGAGCUAGACUGCCUGAUCAACAACGCCGGCGUCCAGCGGCCCCUGGAUAUCCUCCAGGACGGCGACUUUGUGGCCAAGGCCGACCAGGAAAUCGACAUCAACGUCCGGGGCCCGAUGCACCUGACGCUCGGGGCUGCUGCCGCACCUGCAGACCAAGCCCGGCGCCGCGUGGCUGCACUUUUGGAGCAUGAACCUGCGCACGCAGCUGCGGCGGGCGUGCGCGUGGUCGAGAUUGCGCCGCCCACGGUGGCGACGGACUUGCACCGCGAGAGGGAGGACCCCGACGAUAACAAGAAGGAGAAGAAUGCGCGGGCGCUGGGUGUGGACGAGUUUAUGGGCGAGGUGGCGCGGAAGCUGGAGAGGGGGGACGAGAUGAUAUCCGCGGGGGGUGGGAGCGACAUUGUCGAAAAGUGGUAUGGGAUGUACGGCGCCCUGUACGAUGAGACGGCGUCCAAGAAGUAG